AUGGCAACCUACACUGCAGCCAUCUGGCAUCUGGGGACUACACUUGCAACGAUGAAGGCGGAGAUGGCGCUACAUCAAGAGGGCCCAAUCCGCAUUCGACCGAACCAUCACGCCAUCGUUGUAUUCGAUGAAAUGAUGACGAAAUUCUUCAAGGAGUACACGGCCAUCAUGCGCGCAUAUCCCCGGGAGUCGGCGUGGCCCCCUGGCAUCGACUUCCCCGACUUGGGCGAAAUCCGGCGCUACCAUCGCUUCCUCCUUUACCAACUCCCUCCCGCUGCUGGCGAGUUCUUCCGGCACAUUGGCGGCGAUCCGCAUGUUCACCGUCUGAACUGUGGAUGCACCCGUACUGCUAGGUUGUUCAUCGCAGGCCGCAUUGCGUGGCUCGAGAAGCGGCGUAGCGAAGGUAGAGAGCUGUACCCUACUGAAGGCCGGUACGCAAAUCCCCUGACGGACCAGCUGGCUCUGUACCACGCCCUUUCAGAUGAUACGAAAUGGUUGGCGGACUUUGCGAUCCCCGUGCCGCUUGAACUUCAAUAUCUCAUGAUCCAGGCCUUCGAUCUGCAUCGAGUGUUAGGGCGUUUGGACGACCGGAUCGACCGAAUGGAAGCGGAAGCGGUCGAAGAGGUUACCACCGAAUGCACUAAGGAAGCGAUGGCUUCCGAGGACACUGCAUGUGACAUCUGUACGUAUGCCUUUGGUCCCGAAUUCAGCGACGAAAAUAUGACUGAACCGGCCGCGAAAAUUUCAUGCGGCCAUAUCUUCGGCAAGCAAUGCCUUCAAACAUGGUUUGCGUCACACAACACCUGCCCGAAGUGUCGUAGCUUCGCUUUUCCUACCGAGACCCUCCUCUCACCUGCUCUUCUGGCCCCACACGCUCAAAAGCAGGAGAUUGAGCACGAGUUUAGAGAGCUGGAUACAGAGAUCGAUGGCUAUUUCCUCUCUACACCGAUGCAUACCUAUGGUAGUCGCAUGGAAGACAUGCUGGACAUCGUUGGUGGGCUGAUCGAAGAGGUGUUGUCGAUUGAGCACGAGCUGGAUAGGCAUUAG